ACUAGACAUCGCCCUGCGUACACGCACCCAUCUCUCCCGUAGACACUCAUGAGUCUGGCGUGACGAUCGACCCUCUCUAUAAGACCACCGCCCGCGCGCGCGUUUGAUCACGCUACUCCAGAGACCAGAGUGUAGCAAUGGCGGCCGGGCGAGCGUGUGCUCUUAGCGCGGUGCUGGUGGUGGUGGUGGCGCCGCUCCUCCUGGCCGGCGCGGCGGACGCCGACUGCUUCGAUUACUGCUUCAAGGACUGCAUCGCCAAGGACAAGAACAUGAUCGACUACUGCAACUACGCCUGCGACAAGACCUGCUACGCGGGCGCGCCCCAGCGGCCCUUGGCGGCGGCUGCCGCCUCCGGCGACAUGGGAUGCCAGCUCUCCUGCGCCAGGACUUCCUGCCACCGUCUGGAUCCAGACCGCGAGGCCACUGAGGCCUGCUUCGGGCAGUGCUACGACGGCUGCAAGACCAAGACUCUGCCGAGGCCUCUCCGCGCCGGCGCCGGCAUGCCCACCACGUCAGGCCCGGUGGUCGCCGACCUUCCUUCAUCCGAGCCGGACCCAGAUGACGCCUUUCCUUCAUCCGAGCCGGACCCAGAUGACGCCCUUCCUUCAUCCAUGCCGGACCCAGAUGACGCCCUUCCUUCAUCCGAGCCGGACCCAGAUGAUGCGGUCCGUGCGUCGUCAGAGGCGCCGGAACAUCAGGCGAUGGAGCCACGUACACCGUUAUCGGAGAUCCACGCUGCUCCUCCGGCGUCUGCGUGACAAGAACACCUCAGCGUACGGCCGUGACAGUCAGCAUUGGCCGACCAAUCGAUAUGUAAGCGCGAUCACCAGGUGCGGAGGGAUUAGCGCAUGGCCGCGUGCUAAUGGGUGUACACGUAUUAUUUAUAAACACUGCUGAAUGAAGUGUCUUAGGCUAGUUGUAACGGGAUGUUCUCCGUAUCAAUAUAGUGUACGGGUUUGUUAAACUCAGCUAACGGAGAUUAAAUCUGGUCCCAUUCAGUGCCAGUGGGCCAUCUAGAAUUAUAAAAUUUAAAAGAAUUUGCUGAGUUAGAAAAGGUGGACA